CGCCGCCGCCGCCGCCGCCGCCGCCGCCCGCCCUGGUCCCGCGGACAGCGCACAGCGCCGAGGGGGGAGCGCCGGGAGCAGCAGCGCCUAGAUAAUGCCCAGGGGUGAGCUGUCCUGAGCCGCUGAGUUCCAACUGCCUGUCUGUCCACGCACACCCCAGGUAGCCUGCCAGCACCGCCCACCAUGGAGUCCAGGGGGAAGGCAACCAGCAGCCCCAAGCCCGACACGAAGGCUCCGCAGGCGGCUGCUGAGGCCAGAGCCCCGCCAGCUGUGGAUGGGAAAGCCCCCUCAGCUAAGCCUGGGAAGAAGGAGGCCCAAGCAGAGAAGCAAGAGUCCCCAGCGGCCCCCACCCCAACUGCCAAGAAGACCGCGGCCAAAGCAGACCCUACCCUUCUCAAUAACCACAGCAACCUGAAGCCGGCCCCCGCAGCCCCCAGCAGCCCCGAGGCCGCCCCUGAGCCCAAGGGCCCUGGGGAUGGGGCUGAGGAGGAUGACGCCCCCAGCGGGGGUCCCGGGGGCCAAGGCCCUUGCCCCUUUGAGAACUUGACCCCCCUGCUGGUGGCUGGGGGUGUGGCCAUGGCAGCCUUAGCCCUAAUUCUUGGUGUGGCCUUCCUGGCCCGGAAAAAAUGAUGGCUGGUGCCCAGGUGGGGGCAUAGCCACUUCCUGUACAGAUCUCAGGAGCCUAGUGCAUGCUGAGCUCACAUACAGCUAUCCAUAGUCCGUACGUGCGCACCAUAUACACAUAUACCCCCAUACACGCAGAAGGACAGACACGGACAGGCCCCCCAGCCAUGGAAACCAAGCCCGUACACUGGCGCCCAGCACUUACCCCUCCCAGGCUCCAGCAUGGGGCAGUGGGAGGAGUGGACCUUGAGUGUGGCCCACCCGCCUACAAGCAGGUGGACGUGUGCCAGCCGGUCCCGAGAGGCCCCAGUGGUCCCAAGCACUUCCUGGCAGCAGAGUCUGGACGAGUCCCCAGGGCUGGGUAGGGGUCCGGGAUGGGCUCCCACAAGGGCCCAGCCCUUGUGGGGACAUUAAAAGGUAUGGCUGUUUCACUCUCCCCAUUUCUGCUCUUUGUUUGUAGCUGGGCAGGGUUGGGGGGCCCAUCUGGGUAGGGCCGGGCAGUGGGCUGACCCGAACCAAGCCUUCACGGUGGCAGCUGAGCUUCCGUGCCACCUUUGCCCACCAUCUGCACCCUGGCUGGGUGGACAGACAGCCCAAAGGCUGGUCUGGGACGGGGCUCCCACCAUUCACCCUCUAACUUUGCCCCCGGGGAGCCACUGAGGCUGGGGCCAUCUCACUUCCUGCCCUGACUCCUCCUCGUCCUGCAGCAACUGUCCUUGGGGCAUCUGAGAGCCUGGCAGGGAGGCCCGGGUUGGGGGGGACCUCGAGGAUCUGCCCAGUGGCUGUGCUUGCCCCGCCCCUGGAGACGGCCCCUCCCACCUCACCCAGCGUCCUUUGAUUCUAACAAGCGUAUAAAUGCAAUAACACAGAGUAGAGCUGCUUGGUGGGUAACCAUCACCCACGUCCACUGCCCCAUUGUGCUUGCAGGGAGCCUGUGGGUGCAGCCCCCCAUCGGCACAUCGGAUCCCAGCUUGGCCCAUGGCACAGUGGCAGUGGGCAGGCUCUGGAGGGUGGCCAUGGGCACUGACACGCCCUUGCCUGGAACCCUGGGCCUGAGCUGAGGCUGAGUCUGAAAUAAACUCUGUUGUCUAA